UUUUCUCACUGCAUCAUGAGUCCACAGCGCACACGGAGCCGCUGGAGUUGCACGCGCGGUCAGCAGCAGCAGCGUCCAGCCUCCGCCACGAGCUCUGCCGCGCGCGCUUCUGAGGAGCGACGCUUCAGAUUCCCGUCUUCCAGCCUGUAGCGCAGCGCGUGCGGAGCGGCGCCGCGGGGACCCCCGCUCAGGAGAGGACGGGCUCUGUGUAUCUGCGCGCUGUGGAGGUCUGCAGGAGGAGCAUGGCUUGAUUACAGCACUUUUAUUUACUCUGUAUCUGUUGGCUGGAGGCUGCGGUUCCUCAGCCCUCCUCGCGCGCUACCUGUUGUGCCUGGACGCACCGCCGCAGGAGUCACGAGCACAUGUGGGACGACAUGCACGAGCCUGCAGUGUAAGAUGGCCUAGCAGCGAUGUCCCAACUCUACUACCGCCGAACGGACAACUCCUCGUACAGAGACCGCAUCCCUCUGCGGAUCGUGCGGGCGGAGUCGGAGCUGUCACCUCUGGAGAAGGCUUAUCUCAACGCCGUGGAGAAAGGCGAUUAUGCCAGCGUCAAGCAGUCCCUGGAGGAGGCCGAGAUCUACUUCAAGAUCAACAUCAACUGCAUCGACCCGCUGGGCCGCACCGCCCUCCUCAUCGCCAUCGAGAAUGAGAACCUGGAGAUCAUCGAGCUGCUCCUCAGCUUCAACGUUUACGUGGGGGACGCACUGCUCCACGCCAUCCGCAAGGAGGUGGUGGGGGCCGUGGAGCUGCUGCUCAACCACAAGAAGCAAAGGGGAGGCAUGCAGGUUCCUCCAAUCCUGCUGGACAAGCAGUUCUCUGAUUUCACCCCUGACAUAACGCCCAUCAUCCUGGCUGCCCACACCAACAACUAUGAGAUCAUCAAGCUGCUGGUCCAGAAAGGUGUGUCGAUGCCCCAGCCGCAUGAGGUGCGCUGCAACUGUGUGGAGUGUGUGUCCAGCUCGGACGUGGACAGCCUGCGUCACUCGCGCUCGCGCCUGAACAUCUACCGCGCUCUCUCCAGCCCCUCUCUCAUCGCACUGUCCAGCGAGGACCCCUUUCUCACCGCCUUCCGUCUCAGCUGGGAGCUGCAGGAGCUCAGUAAGGUGGAGAACGAGUUUAAGUAUGAGUACGAGGAGCUGUCCCAACAGUGCAAGCAGUUCGCCAAGGACCUGCUGGACCAGACACGCAGCUCCAGAGAGCUGGAGCUAAUCCUGAACUACACAGACGAUAUAAAUCCCCUGGAGGACGAGGGCGUCAACGACCUGGCUAGACUCAAGCUGGCUAUCAGGUAUCACCAGAAAGAGUUUGUAGCGCAGCCGAACUGUCAGCAGCUGUUGGCGUCUCGCUGGUAUGACGAGUUCCCGGGCUGGAGGCGACGACACUGGGCUGUUAAGUUCAUCACUUGCAUCUUCAUCGGCCUCCUGUUCCCCCUCUUCUCCAUCUUCUACCUGGUCGCCCCCAAGAGCCACUACGGCCUCUUCAUCCGCAAGCCCUUCAUCAAGUUCAUCUGCCAUACGGCUUCCUACCUGACCUUCCUCUUCCUCCUGCUGCUGGCCUCCCAGCACAUAACUGGGUCAAAAGCUCGAUCACAGGGACCCCCACCCAACACUGUGGAGUGGAUGAUCCUUCCUUGGGUGCUGGGCUUCAUCUGGGCAGAGAUCAAACAGAUGUGGGAUGGAGGCUUUCAGGACUACGUCCAUGACUGGUGGAACCUCAUGGAUUUCGUCAUGAAUUCUCUGUAUCUAGCCACUAUCUCUCUGAAGGUCGUAGCUUACUUAAAGUACAGUGGUUCGAAUGCUCGAGAGUCUUGGGACAUGUGGCACCCUACCCUAGUUGCAGAGGCAGUGUUUGCCAUCGCAAAUAUCUUCAGUUCUCUGCGCCUGAUCUCCCUCUUCACAGCCAACUCCCACCUGGGCCCCCUGCAGAUCUCCCUGGGUCGAAUGCUUCUGGAUAUCCUCAAGUUCCUCUUCAUCUACUGCCUGGUGCUGCUAGCCUUUGCUAACGGUCUCAAUCAGCUCUACUUCUAUUAUGAGACUGAUGCUUCAAAUAGCACAAAGUGGUGCAAGGGGAUUCGCUGUGAACACCAGAACAACGCCUUCACCACGUUAUUUGAAACACUUCAGUCUUUGUUCUGGUCGAUCUUUGGCCUCAUCGAUCUACACGUGACCAAUGUUGGCCCAGACCACCGGUUUACUGAGUUUGUUGGAGCCACCAUGUUCGGAACCUACAACAUCAUUUCAUUAGUUGUGCUUCUCAACAUGCUGAUCGCUAUGAUGAACAACUCCUAUCAGCACAUCGCAGAUCAUGCUGACAUUGAGUGGAAGUUUGCUCGAACGAAGCUGUGGAUGAGCUACUUUGAGGAGGGAGGCACUCUGCCCCCUCCAUUCAAUAUCAUCCCCAGUCCAAAGUCAGUGUGGUACUUCGUGAGGUGGAUCAAGAGAAACGUCUUCAGGGUGGCAGCCACGAAAACGGAGACCUUUGGGACAAUAAGUAGAAGAGCUGCUGAGAAUGUACGCAUCAAUCACCAGUAUCAGGAAGUGCUGCGAAACCUGGUGAAGCGCUACGUGGCUGCAAUGAUCAGAGAUGCCAAGACAGAAGAGGGUCUGACGGAGGAGAACUUCAAGGAGCUGAAGCAGGACAUCUCGAGUUUUCGAUACGAAGUGAUGGGGAUGAUGAAAGGUAAUAAACCAGGAUUACAGGGCUCCAUAAAAGGAGCCUCAAACCUCGGCUUUUCUGAACGCCCCCUCAAAUGCCCGCCGGCUCCCCCUGGAGGUCAAGGAAAGAAGAAGCCUAAACUUCUCAGUGUCACUGCUUCUAUACUCCAGCAGACUUCGAAAGCGCCUGCAAAGAGCACGGAACACUCCCUGGCUAACGGGUCUAUCCCCCUUCUUUCAGAAAUGGUUUCCCCUGACCCGGUAAAGAGUGACUUUUCUGGAUUGUUCCACCAAAUCCGCCACAGGGGAGCAAACAACCCUGGCAGGAUCUUUUCGGUGUGUGAAGAAGUUGAUGAACCUGAUGCUGAGGAACUUGAGGAGGUUCAUAAGGACAGUGAACCGUCUGAGAUGUUGGCCACAGACACGGCCAAUGAAACAGAGAGACUCGCGCAGGAACCGUGCGAACGCGAAGGCGACGUAAACGACAGCGCUAGUGAAAACGACGAGGAAACGAUAAGCCGAUUAUAGUAGCCUGUGACGAUUACGUGAGUGACAAUCAGACUUGGGUUAAGGCCAAAACUGCUGUAGCUUUAUCUGAAAUCUACCCUGCUGAGCAGUUAGAGAGUUCUUCUGUAAUGGUGUAGAAUCAUGAAAUCCUCAACCCUUAACAAUAUCCAGAUUCAGAAUGCUUUCCAGAAUGAGCAGUGUAGAGCAUUGACGUUUGGCUUUGACUGUCCUCCUGAGGAGUUCUGAGGAGGAGACUCAGGGAUGACUGUUACUUUGUGAGAUUUCUAGGGCCUUGUGUGUUCUCCAGAAGGGAGAAUAUGACUUUGUAUGUUGCCUGUAACUUCUGUCCAUCACUAGCUUCAUAUAUAUAUCCAUCAUGAAACUCGUGGGAUUUUAACCUUUAUUUAUUUCAGGUUUUUGGUUUCAGCCUGGCAUUCCACAGCAACACAACAAGCCUUAUAGAAUAUAAGGAGCCCCGACUGUUAGUCAUGUAAGCCUCGUUCUGGUGUACCAGUACAAAUGUCUAAUACUAUUAAAAUACAGCCUCCUCUACAAGUAUUGGAACAUUUAGGCCCAUCCCUUUAUUUCUGCUCUAGACAUUAAAAGAUUAAUAUGUAUAAUAAUGUAAUUCAUAUAUAAUAGGAAAAGAUCAACAUAUUAGUUUUUAUUUCCAGGUAUUUACAUCUGGUUCUGAUGCACAGUUCAGAAAAUAGCACCUUCUCUGUUUCAGAUCUAUUUAAUAUGUAAAUACCUGGAAAUGAAAGCUGUAAUGUUCAUCUUUUGUCUAAUCAUUUAACGUCAAAUUUAAAUGUUUUUAUUCUACAACAAAAAUAAAGACGUUGACCUCACUGUUCCAGUACUUUUGGCGGGCACUGUAUGUAUAUUACAUACAUUUAAAUUACAAACAUGUAGGAAGCUUGCAAUAUAGUGGGUGUUAAGUGUAUGAUUAACGGAUUUGAGCUGAGCUCUAUAUGUACCCCAAAUUUUAAGGUGUAGGAUAUUUUCGUCUUCCUGUAUUAUUGCAAACCAAACACCUACAUGUUCAGAGGAUAUCAAAAAACAUGACAUAGGAUAGAUAAUAACAGUUUAGUUGCAGCUCAGACCAUUAAUGACCACAGAAACUUUCACUUAUUAUCAAAAAAUAGUUGCACCCAGAAGGAAGUGUCAGAUUGCAGUGUUAAUCUAAAGGAAUAUAAAGGUUACCAGGAAAAUGAGCUAAAAAAAAAUAUCUAAAUCUCUGGAAAAAAUUAAGAGAUCACGUCAGUUUCUGAAUCAGUUUCUCUGAUUUUGCUAUUUAUAGGUUUAUGUUUGAGUAAAAUGAACAUUGUUGUUUUAUUCUAUAAACUACAGACAACAUUUCUCCUAAAUUCUCACACAGUUCUUCCAAACUCAAACAAUGCAAAGUAAACAUAAGUUUCCUAUUCAUAAAGUUUUAAGAGUUCAGAAAUCAAUAUUUGGUGGAAUAACCCUGGUGGUUUUAAAUCACAGUUUUUUUCAUGCAUCUUGGCAUCAUGUUCUCCUCCACCAGUCUUACACACUGCUUUUGGAUAACUUUAUGCUGCUUUACUCCUGGUGCAAAAAUUCAAGCAGUUCAGUUUGGUGGUUUGAUGGCUUGUGAUCAUCCAUCUUCCUCUUGAUUAUAUUCUAGAGGUUUUCAAUUUGGUAAAAUCAAAGAAACUCAUCCUUUUUUAAGUGGUAUCUUAUUUCUUUCCAGAGCUGUAUAAAAAAAAAAAACAUUCCUGAUGCAUGGGGUUGUAGAGGUUCCUAAUGAUUUCCUAUGAUAAUCUAUCUGAUGCAUUUCAAAUAUUUACAGUUUUCAAACAUUUUCAAUCAGGGCAACAGUAUGCAGACGAGCAUUGUCCUGUUGGAAGAGUGUUUUUAGAAAUGAUGUGAUCUGGCAUUGUACAACAUGACACUAUGGGCCCUAUUUUAGUGAUCUAUAGGUGCUUGAUUUAGGGCAUGUCAGUUUGUUUGCUUUGCUAUCGUAACGACGGGAAAAGUAUGCCUUGCGCAGCUUAAAACGUGCAAUAGGCAUGCACUAAUUCUCUUAAUUAAUCAUGGGUGUGUUUUGGGCGUAAAGUGAAAUAAUUCAAUCAGCCAGUCACUUGCCAUUCCCUUUAAGAGCCAGGUGUGCUCUGACUUUGGACUUUCUGAUUGCUAAUUAAAUGACUGAGCUUUAUAAGAGAUACACCUAGACGAGCACUGCUGCACGCAAUGGACUGCCAAGAUAGCAUUGAACAAGAUACCAUUGAAUGUCUGACUGUUGACUGUUGCCUAGGCUGUAUUCAGUCUGUGGCGCACCUGUGUUUUCCGUUGCCAAGCUAGCAAUAUGCCAGAAAUUUUCCUGAACACACCCCUUUUUGAGACCACCACUCCCAUCAGCAUAGAUCGAUAUUCACAAGCACUGUUGCUAUUUAAACAAUGUAGGUGCAAGGCGUAAAAUUGGUGUAAGAUAGGGCUAUAGUCUUCUGGAUGGUGUAACGCGUGAGAACAAGCCAGUCAAUCUUGGCCUAUAUUACCACAGCACUGCCUUGUUGGUAAUCUCUAACAAAACAAAAUCAGAAUAGCAGUGCAGAAUAUUUACAUUUUUAAUCAUUUAUGGUUCCUGGUAACCUUUAUCUUACUCCCAAACAACAUUGCAAUAUAAUAAAAAAGGUAAGACAGUAAAGAAUAGCAUUCAUAGUAGAAAAUACAAAAAUGGGUCAAACACCCAAUAAACAUUACAUGGGCAAAGUAAUCGCUUUGUAUAGAUGGACAAAACGAUUAUACCACAGUUUUAUGAGAGACAUUAACAGCCGGUAAUGCACUUUAACUGAAGCUCUGCAAAGUACAGGUAACCUAGCAACGAUGCAGCGCUUACAAACCAAAUACAAACCAAAUGCAAUGUCAUUAUACACCACUGGGACCCAAAAAUAAGCCCAGCGAUUUGAAAAUACGCAUUAUUACACAAAUUAUCAGCCACCGAUAUCAGGUUAGGAGUUGUUAUUAUUAAAAUAAAAGUGUAAGUGUAUAUAUUUACCAGUUAAUAUAGGGUAUUUUAAGCUGAAUGUGAAAUAGGGGACUCUUGUAAUUCCACAGGUCUUGCCACUGGGGGCGCCUAAGUAACCAAAACUUUAAUUCUCAAAAAAAAAAACAUUUUCUUUCAAAGUCAUGAGCACUGGAUGUUAAUCUACACAGAUUUCUCUUCUAGAAACUGUUUAUUUAGGUGAGUAAAGCACUUUAAUUUAUUUACAGUAAGCUUAGAUUUCCACAAUUUUGAUUGAAAUGGCGGAAAGUAGCUUGUAGUAACUUGUGGAGUGUUUAUAACCAAACAGAUCGUACUUUUCUUGUCCUCUUUAACUCAAAAUAUUUUAAUAAACAGAAAUAACGGAACUGUAGUAUUAUUUCAAUAAUACACUCAAGAUUCGUGCUAUAACGGCAGUGCCAAUAUUACAUGUUAUAGCACUCCCUCUCAUGUAUUAUUGCUUCAAUCUAAUACUCGGCUGUUAGGGCAUAAAACACUUUUUUCCUGGGUGCAACUCUUUUUUAAAGAUGAAAACAAAGUUGGUUUGUUUGGAAAAAUGAGCCAAAGGGUUUAAACACAGCACAAACUGAACCACAGUCUGCCAGCAGUUAUUACUGCAUUACUAUUAACUAAAUAUCAAUACUGUGUUUAUUACUGUGUUUAAGUCGACACAGUACUGCAAAACCGAACAUUGGGAUAUGUUGAAAUGCCAGGCUGAUGCCACAGAGUGUAAUGAAAUGUAUUUAUGAGUUUUGGAAUGCUUGAUUGAGGCUAGCCCAUAACCCUGAGUAAAGUUUACUCACAAACGGUAGAGCAAUAGCUGAUCCCCCCCCCCCCCCCCCCCAUGUUAAAGAAAUUGCACUCUGCCUUACUGUGUUUCAUCCAUCAACUGUUCCUCAAUUUUUCAUUAGCUUCGUCAUUAGCAUUAGCCUAUUAUACCUGUGUUAUUCUUACUAUGCAAAUAUUUAAAGCUCUUUACCUUGUAUCUUAUGGAGAGUUACACGUGGUGUGAGCUCUCUAGUGAUCGUUCACCUCCACUUGCUUUAAGCAGAUGGGGUUUGCUAUCUCCAUCCAUUAAAGCAGAUCCAAGCACAAGCCAAUUUAAGUUCAUCGUAAUUAAGAAAUGGGACCUUAUUUUACACCCUGCGCAAGGUGCAUCACGAUGCUCAUUGCUAUCUUACACCCCGCAAACAGUCUAUAUUUACAUAGUUUUGAAUAAAUCUACAAUGAUGGGCGUGGUGGUCUGAAAGUGAUGUGUGUUCUCGCAAAUUUCUGCCGUAUUGCUAUCUUGGCAGCGAAAAACACAGGUGCGCUACUAACAGAUUCGAACGUUAAACACGCAGCAGUUCACAAGCCAAAUUUUACAUCAACAAUAAACAGAUAAUACAAAAUAAAAUAACACUGUCGUUCCUGUAAAUGACCUGCUCACGCAUCUUUACAGCGUGAACGUGCAGAAGCACUGCAUCAUUAAAAUUGAAAUUGAAUUGAAAUUCAGAGCACACCUGGCUCUUAAAGGGAAUGGCAAGUAAAACGCUGAUUGUUUGAUUUCACGUUACGCCCAAAACACACCCAAAAUAAACAAGAGAAUGUGUUUCAUGUGUACAUGUGUUUCGCACUUUUUUUAAGCCACGCAAGGCAUACUAUUCCCGUCGUUACGAUAGCAAACACACAAUGACACCCUAAAUCAAGCCGCGGUGUAAAAUAGGGCCCCUGAUCAAACGGUUUAUCAAUAUAUUCAUAACAGUUAUAACAUCAUAUUGGUUAUAGCAUUCACAGUAAUUAUGCUGAACAAUGUAUCCCUACUCCAGUAUCAUGUUACCCUUAUAUUACUAUUGUAUGGAUCUGGUACGUUAUCUAAUAUGUAAUAUUCUGCAUUAUUCACUCAUUUAUGAUUGUAAAAUUGUAACCCAUCCCUUUUCCAUAGCCACAGGUUUACAGAUUGCUAUUUCUAAGCGAGUUAAUCUUUUCAUUAAAGUAGUCUAUAUCAUGCAGUGACCAUGCCAGUCUGUGGAACAAAGAGGUCAUUCCAUGAUUGUUUGUUUAAAGGGCCAGUACAUUAUACUGAAGGUGAAAUUAAAUAAACGAUUCUGAAACA